UCGAUUUCGGGAAGGUCUCUUAUCAAAAGUUGAUCAGGGAUAAAAAUGUUUCAUCGUUCGUUUUAGUGCACACUUUAGAGGUAGCUCUUAUGACUAAUUUCUCCAAGAUGACCAUUCCAAGUGAGAAGUGCAAAAUUGGGAUUUCGUUGAAAGGUGCAUGGUACGAAUCCAAAACCAAUUAUAAGGAAGACAAAGUAGCAGCCGAACGGGCCAUUGAAAUGACAUUUGGUUGGUGGGCAAAUCCUAUCUUUCACAGAAGCGGAGAUUAUCCAUAUUUAAUGAAAUCGCGCGUUAAAUUCUCAAGUCACUUGCAAAACUUUUCGGCGACAAGACUACCUCCUCUCAGCAGUGACGAGAUUAAGCAAAUAAAAGGAUCUGCCGACUUCCUAGGGAUCAAUUAUUACACCGGAUACAUUGUUAGCAAUGAUACAAAUUCCACAAAUCUUACUCCUUCCUUUGAAAAUGACUUGAACGUUAAAAGGGAAUAUAACCCCGAAUGGAGAUCAUCUUCUUUGCCUGAUUUAAAGGAUUAUCCUGAUGGAUUAAGAGAUAUUUUAAAAUGGACAAAAGAGAAAUACAAAAAUCCGCUUGUGUAUAUAACUGAAAAUGGUUUUGCAGAUAAUGGAGAAGUAAACGAUACCAACAGAAUCAAUUAUUUAAGGGGUCAUCUCUCGGAGCUGCAAAAGGCAAUCGUUCUAGACCAUUGCAAGGUUAAAGCCUACUCGGUUUGGUCGUUGAUGGACAACUUUGCAGGGAGAGAGGGUUAUGCGACUAAAUUUGGAUUGUAUUCAGUUAACUUUAAGGAUCCAUUUAAGACCAGAAGCCCCAAAGCUUCUGCCGCAUUUUAUAAAAACGUUAUUGAUGCAAAGUCAGUUACAAUCAAUGUGGAUGUACAGCUGGUAUCUACGGAAUAAGCUUUUCUGUAAAUUGUAAAGGAAACUUUUUGUUGAACUGCAGUCUUAAUUUUUUUUGUAAUAUUACGAGUACAAGUAGUAAAGGUAAAUUGCUAAUUAUUUGUUGCGGAAAUUAUGCUGCGAAUCAUCAAGUUGACCCUCAGCCCAAUAACGAUUGCACCCGAUAGCACUUAUUACAUUUAAUAGUUCUUUUCUUUUUAAGGCUCAUGGUUGAGCGUCAAUUCGUAUACCUAAUAGACAUUACAAAAGGGUUAAUAAUAUUCUCAGAUUCUUGGUGACUGGUGUGGUUCGAUG